AUGCCCGGGGAGAACCAUCCAAGGCGGAAACCCACACCUGCGGAGUGUCAAGUGUUCAUCAUCCGCCAACCCCUCGCCGAACCCAUCCUACUUGCGACCUACCACCGCACAACACCCAAGUCUGCCCUCUGCGACGCCGCUCUCUCGCCUCCGGCUACUCCAGCCACUCCGAUCGACUUUGCAUUCCGGUCCGCUGUGCCCGCCGCAACCCCCGCCGCCAUGCUGUCCCUCAUCUUCAUGGUGCUCUUCGUGCACGUUGCAAUCUACCUGGUCAACACGAUCGGCGCAACCACAAUCGACAGCUUGCUAUGGCACCUCUACCUCAAACUCCCAACCUCGACCUCGAGAAAGGCCCGCGAGCAGCAGCACAAGAAGCAGGAGGCUGUCAAGCUCAAGCGCGAGAUGAACAACACCAGCUCGCAAGAUGAGUUCGCCAAGUGGGCCAAGCUCCGGAGAAGACAUGACAAGAGCAUGGAGGAGUACGAAGCGAUGAACAAAGCAGUCUCAUCCCAAAAAACCUCCUUCGACUGGGCCGUCAAAAUCGCCCGCUGGCUCAGCACAACCGGCCUCAAGAUCUUCCUGCAAUUCUGGUACUCCAAGACCCCCGUCUUCGCCCUGCCGCCGGACUGGUUCCCUUACUACGUCGAAUGGAUCCUUUCCUUCCCGCGCGCUCCGAUCGGACACGUCAGUAUUCAGGUUUGGAGCAAUGUGUGCGCGACCACGAUUGCGGUUGUGGGCGAGAUUCUUGGGGCUGUAAUUGCGCAGGCCCUGGCACCGAAGCAACAGCAGAAGCAGAAGCAAGAAGCCGCUGCUGCUGGACCCGAAUCAAACUGGAAGCCGGAGGAACUAGAUUAG